CUGUAUAAUCCAUUCAUUACGAGGAGUAUUUACAUACAUACAACAAAAUCUCUCUUUUUCGAACCUUUGAUCGAUCGAGUAGUAUUUUCAGGGGAGAUAAAGAGAAGAUGAGUUACCAGAAGGUGCCUCAAGAACCUUACCCUCCACCAGGGUACGGAACUUAUCCGCCACCUGGGUACCCAUCGGCACCACCACAACCGCCAUACGAGGGGUACCCAUAUCCACCGCCGGGAUAUUAUCCACCACCUCAAAGGCCUGGAGACAGUUAUCAAGGAUAUUUCAAUCAAGGGUACCCUCCACCGCCUCCACCCCCACAAUACCAGGUCCCCCACUGUGAGCAUCACCAUAAUGAUGGCGACACUGGUUGUACAUCUUUUUUACGAGGCUGUUUGGCUGCACUUUGCUGCUGCUGUAUAUUGGAAGAAUGCUGCUUCUGAGCAUUCAAGGUUCUAUAUGGUGUCUAGUAAUUCAUCGUUUCGGUGAUGGAAAUACUGCUUUUCACAACUUGUUCCUCGAUCGUUCGUGAUGCUAAGAUGUUUAUUAACUAUAGAAUUGAGUAGUAUUUGUGUGCUAUUUUAAAUUGGUAUGAUAUUUGUCCUUGCUUUGCCAAAGUGUAGAAGUGUUUGGUUAAUGUCAAUCUCCUUGGUAGGAGGAUAUUUCUUACCGGAUUUAUGUAUAUUUUGUUUGAACCAACAAUGGAACAUGGUGAUCAAGGCUUUCUUGUUUAUUUGAGUUUGGGUUUUCUA